UCUGUGAGAAGCCUGCAAGGUGACUUGCUGAUCAACUGGACAGAGUCCCAUCUUUUUAAUGAGACUCCAAUGUAUAGAUGGAAAGCCAGGAUAUGGUCCCCUGGAAUGGAAUCCCGAUUUCAAGCCUCUUGAGCUUGGUUCCUGGUCCAUUUGGGCUGCGAGGGAGUUCUGGAGGCAGAGGUACAAUCAGAUCAGCUGUGAACAGCUUACAUAGCAAAUCUAAUAGAGCUGAAGUAGUAAUAAAUGACUCUUCGUCUCCAGCUGUUGUUGACAGAAGUAAUGAAAGCAUUAAGCACAACAUUAAACCAGCCUCAUCCAAAUGGAGCCACAACCAGACACUCUCUUUGAAGAUCAGGAAACAAAUCUUGAAGUUCCUGGACGCGGAGAAAGACAUUUCAGUGCUGAAGGGGACGCUGAAGCCUGGGGACGUCAUCCACUAUGUCUUUGACAGGGACAGCACCAUGAACGUCUCCCAGAACCUCUACGAGCUGCUGCCCCGCACGUCGCCCCUGAAGGGCAAGCAGUUCCCGACCUGCGCCAUCGUGGGCAACUCGGGGGUCCUGCUGCACAGCGGCUGUGGCCCCGAGAUCGACGCACACAGCUUUGUGAUAAGGUGUAAUCUGGCCCCCGUCCAGGAGUACUCACAGGACGUGGGCAUGAAGACAGACCUGGUGACUAUGAACCCUUCAGUCAUCCAGCGGGCCUUCGAGGAUCUAGUGAAUGAGACCUGGCGGGAGAAGCUGCUGCAGCGCCUCCACAGCCUCAAUGGCAGCAUCCUCUGGAUCCCAGCCUUCAUGGCCAAGGGGGGCAAGGAACGAGUGGAGUGGGUGAACGAGCUCAUCCUGAAACACCACAUCAAUGUCAGGACUGCCUACCCCUCGUUGCGCCUGCUGCACGCUGUCCGAGGGUACUGGCUCACGAACAAAGUGCAUAUAAAGCGACCGACCACUGGCCUCCUCAUGUAUACCUUAGCCACUCGCUUCUGCAACAGGAUCUAUCUCUAUGGCUUCUGGCCGUUCCCCCUGGAUCAGAACCAGAACCCGGUCAAGUACCACUACUAUGACAGCCUGAAGUAUGGCUACACUUCACAGGCCAGCCCGCACACCAUGCCCUUGGAGUUCAAAGCCUUAAAGACUCUGCACCAGCAGGGAGCCUUGAAGCUGACUGUGGGGGAGUGUGACGGGGCCACGUAAGGUGGCCUCCACAUGGCCUCCGUGGCUCAUGUUCCUGCAGGCUACACAACCAUGGGAGGAAGGGGAGGGGGAGGAAAGGAUGAGUGGUGCUUAGUGGGGUUGGUUUUCUUUGUUCAUGCGCAGAACAGUGACAAAAAUAUAUAUACGUGGUACCUAUAUAUAUUGACCUGAGUAUUAUAACUGUUUGGUGUUCACCAAGGAAGAGACAGGAAAGAUGCGGGAGCAUCUGAAGUGACUGGCCUGGGCAAGACACCUUGCCUUGGGCUUGCUAGGCUUGGAAGGAUGUUAGAUCCACAUCCAAAAUGUGUGAAGGUGACCUUGGUUUUUGAGGGUAUGUUAGGUGAUGGGUAAACGUUAAGCCUUUUUUCGUGACUGGUCCAAGGUUGGUAGUUAGUUUAUCUGGCCAAGAACGCCGGUGCUGGCGCUCCAGUAGGUCAUGUUCUUGGCUCCAUGCCAAUGGUGGGGACGGGGAAGGGGGCCGGGGAGUAGGGUGGGCAGGGAAGGUUUGUUGUGGGCUCUCGUGGCCGAGGGGUUGCCUGUGUGUAUGGAUGGGACCGGAGCAGGACCCAUCUCCUGCCUGGGAGGGACUAUCUCCUAGUGACUGCCCGGCACCCGUCAGAGUCGCACAGAUCCCUCCAUCCAAAAUGGCUUGGGUGCAUGCGCGUGCUGGGCAGGACAUGGGCAGAACAGCCUGUUGGCUGCUGGACUGUGAACACCAUCUUUGGAGGAGCGGAGGAGAAGAAUCUGUUUUGGCUGCAGGAGGUGGCGGGGAGGUGAACCGAUUCCAGUGAUACUGCUCUGAAAAAGGAGAUGGGAGGGUCUUCUGGUAUGGUUGACUCAAGGCUGGGCGGAUGGUGAGGAAGAUGCUGAGCUUGGGUUUGCUCUUCCUCUCCCAAGGAACAGUUCAGAAAGGAGCAAAGGUGCUGGAAUGUAGCAGGAAGGAGGUUUGCUGCUGCAAACUGGUGCCAUUAAUAUUAAGUGUCUUACUAUGCCAGAGCCUGAGACACUCAGCAUCUGUCAGGGCUCAUGAAAACCAUAAGUACGUUUAGCUCUUAAAUCCCAAAUGCUACCUGCUA